AUGGCAAUUCCCGCAUACCCGGCCUUGGACGGGGAGGGAAACGCGCAGACCCUUGAAGACGAGGAGGAGGACUUCUUCGCACCUCGGACUUUUGUCGCUGCCGAGGAAUCCGAUGCGACCAAGUCAACGGUCGAGGAGCUAGAACAAACCAUUUUGAUCAAACACCUCCUGGAUCGCAAGGUAUACUUUGGUACGGGGUUGACCCCAGAACUCAGGAUAGAACUUAUUCAAUUCCUCAGUAAUAAUAUAGAUUGCUUCUCUUGGUCCCAUUUAGAUAUGACAGGUAUCCCACUGGAGAUAACGUCGCACAUACUAAGCGUUGACCCCAAGUUCAUGCCCGUGAAGCAAAAAAGGAGACCGCAGUCCGAGGUGAAACAUGCCUUCGUCAAAGAGGAAGUGGCAAAACUCCUAAAAAUUGGAUCCAUUAGGGAGGUGAAGUAUCCCGAAUGGCUGGCUAACAUAGUAGUGGUACCAAAAAAGGGGAAUAAGCUAAGAAUGGGGAUCAAAAUUAAUCCCGAUAAAAUAAAGGCCAUCGAAGAGAUUACGGCGGUAAAUAGCGUAAAAGCCGUCCAACGAUUAACGGGGCGGAUCGCGGCCCUAAGCAGAUUCAUAUCGAGAUCUUCAGACAAAAGCCACCAUUUCUUCGCCCUGCUUAAAAGGAAGAAUAACUUCGAGUGGACUUCAGAGUGCCAGCAUGCCCUGGAGGAACUGAAACGAUACCUGUCUAGCCCGCCAUUGCUGCGCACACCCGAGGAGGGUGAAACACUAUAUUUGUACCUGGCAGUAUCCGAAAUAGCGGUAAGCGGAGUAUUGGUUCGAGAAGAGCAAGGUAUGCAAUUUCCUAUUUAUUACGUAAGCCGCACCUUGGGGGACGCCAAAACGUGGUACCCCCAUCUUGAAAAGCUGGCGCUCGCAUUAAUAAGCGCCUCGCGCAAACUGAAGCCUUAUUUUCUGUGCCAUCGUAUCUGCGUCCUGACAACCUAUCCCCUCCGGAGUAUACUGCAUAUGCCCGAGCUAUCAGGACGAUUGGCCAAAUGGGCUAUCCAACUCGGAGGGUAUGGUAUCGAAUAUCAACCUCGGACAGCCAUUAAGUCCCAAAUCCUGGCGGACUUCGUGGCUGACUUCUCGCCAGCCCUCAUACCCGAGGUAGAGAAAGAGCUUUUACUAAAAUCAGGCACUUCCUCCGGGGUGUGGACCCUGUUCACGGAUGGCGCCACGAAUAUGAGAGGGUAUGAGGCUAUGAUUGCAGGUCUAGAUUUGGCCAAAGGUUUGGGAGCCGAGAUCGUAGAGGCAAAAUGCGACUCGCUCCUCGUGGUGAGCCAAGUGAACGGAAGCUACGAAGCCCGAGAGGACACGAUGCAAAGGAAUUUGGACAAAAUCCAAAUCGCGUUGCGUCGUUUCAAAGAAUGGAAUUUAGUACACAUACCCCGAGAGCAAAAUUGCGAGGCCGAUGCCCUCGCAAACUUGGGGUCCUCCGCCGAAGAAGAAGACCUGCUCCCCAGACCCGUCGUCCAACUGUUCAAAUCGGCGGUCGAGGAUGGCCAAGCGGAAAUUAACUCCGCCAGUUUGACAUGGGACUGGAGAAACAAAUACAUCGCUUAUCUGAAAGACGGAAAAUUGCCCACGGAUCCAAAAGAGUCAAGGGCCCUGCGAACCAAAGCGGCCCGGUUCUCACCCGACGAAAACGGGGCCCUUUACAGGAGAACUUUCGAUGGUCCCCUAGCGAUAUGCUUGGGACCGGGAAACACGGAAUACGUACUUCGAGAGAUCAAUGAGGGCACCUGCGGAAAUUAUUCCAGGGCCGAUUCCUUGGUCCAAAAAGUGAUCCGGGCGGGCUACUAUUGGGAUAGCAUGGAGAAAGACGCCAAGGAAUUCGUUCGAAAAUGCGACAAAUGUAAAAGGUUCGCUCCCAUGAUUCAUCGGCCCAGAGAACAGCUGCAUUCCAUUUUGUCACCUUGGCCAUUCAUAAAAUGGGGGAUGGACAUUGUCGGCCCUUUGCCAACGGCGCCAGAAUCCCGUCCGAAAUAA